CGGAAGCUGGGUACUCCGGUGGCCGCAGCGGCGACAGGUUUGGUAGGACCCGCCGUCGGUACACUGACUCUUGCCUACCUCUUCCUCACCCAGUGCCGGCCACCAUGAAAGACUCGCUGGUGCUGCUGAGCCGUGUCCCAGCGCACCCAGACUCCCGCUGCUGGUUCCUGGCCUGGAACCCCACGGGGACCCUGCUGGCCUCCUGUGGCGGCGACCGUAGAAUCCGCAUCUGGGGUACCGAGGGUGACAGCUGGAUCUGCAAGUCUGUCCUUUCUGAAGGCCACCAGCGUACUGUUCGGAAAGUUGCUUGGUCUCCCUGUGGGAAUUACCUGGCCUCUGCCAGCUUUGAUGCUACCACUUGUAUUUGGAAGAAGAGCCAGGAUGAUUUUGAGUGUGUAACCACUCUUGAGGGCCAUGAAAAUGAGGUGAAGUCAGUGGCUUGGGCCCCAUCUGGCAACCUCUUGGCCACUUGCAGCCGAGAUAAGAGUGUGUGGGUCUGGGAAGUUGAUGAAGAGGAUGAAUAUGAAUGUGUCAGUGUGCUCAACUCCCAUACACAGGAUGUCAAGCAUGUGGUUUGGCAUCCCACCCAGGAGCUGUUAGCCUCUGCCAGCUAUGAUGACACAGUGAAGCUAUACCAGGAAGAAGAAGAUGACUGGGUCUGCUGUGCUACCCUUGAGGGCCAUGAAUCUACUGUAUGGAGCUUAGCCUUUGACCCCAGUGGCCAGCGCCUGGCAUCUUGCAGUGAUGACCGUACUGUGCGCAUUUGGCGCCAAUAUCUACCAGGGAACGAACAAGGGGUGGCAACCGGCGGCACUGACCCCAGUUGGAAAUGUAUCUGCACUUUGUCUGGCUUCCACUCCAGGACCAUUUACGAUGUUGCUUGGUGUCAGCUGACAGGUGCUCUGGCUACAGCUUGUGGGGAUGAUGCCAUCCGAGUGUUUGAGGAGGAUCCCAGCUCAGAUCCACAGCAGCCUACCUUCUCCCUGACAGCCCAUCUGAGUCAGGCCCAUUCCCAGGAUGUCAACUGUGUGGCUUGGAACCCCAAGGAACCCGGGCUUCUGGCUUCCUGCAGUGAUGAUGGAGAAGUGGCCUUCUGGAAGUAUCAUCGUCCUGAAGGCCUCUGACUUACAAGAGUUGUGUUUCCCUAGAAGAUAUCCCAAGACACUCUCAGUCCAAAGGAAGAACUAAAGAUUUAACUUGGCUCAUCUGUUCAGAUUUAGGUAGAAAUACAGAGUCACAGGACCAUUUAGUUUUCCCUUCUUGACAUAAGGGCCUCAGUACAACCACAAAACAUUAGCACAUUAUUAUGCCACAGACUGUACUUCCUAUAGAGCACAGUGAAUAUAAGUAUUUAUAAUUUGCUAUAUACAUGUAGGAAAGGGUGUGUCUCAGACCUAAAAUUGUAAACUUAUGGAUUAUAUUGCAUCUGUAUCCCAAGUCCUAUUUCAUAAUAUUCAUCAUGUGAAUUGUCUGAGAUAGAUCUGCUUUCUCAAUUUCUAGAUAAAUCCUUGCGUUUAAGACA